AUGCUGGCCGGUUGGAGAGAGCUGUCUACCAGGAUAAUUGCUAUACUUGGCUGUCUCCUCUUCUUCUGGCUCUUGUACUGCCAUCUGCCCAAGGAAGGAAAGGAGCUCGAGGUAGGGACAUGUGAGAUCACAGCCCUGGAUAGAGAUAUGAGCCAUCCCAAAAGGAUGAUUGCCCGACAGACAGCACGGUGUGCCUGUCGAAGAGGACAAGUUGCUGGAACAACGAAAGCAAAACCUGCCUGUGUAGAUGCCCAGAUCAUUGUUAAUAAACAGUGGUGUGGGAUGGAGCCCUGUGAUGAAGGAGAGCAAUGCACUUUAUUAAUCAAUCAUUCUGGCUGGAGUUGUACUAGGCAACUGGGACGGAUAAAAACAGUCACGGUUUCUUGACAUCAACAGAGCACUGUAAGAGCACCUUCUCCACUUCCUGUGUGCUGAUGGGCAAAGUUCAGAGGUUACCUCAUCAUGAAAAAUGGGACAAUCCACUUUCUCAGCAUGGAUUCAUCCAGACAAAUCAGGGCCCAUCUCACCUGUAUUUCCUCUUGUGCCGGCACAUUGGAUGCAGAGUCUACUGAAACAAGCAUCUUUGUGUUGUACAUACGAAAGUAACUUUUCUUCCCUCUCCCCAAAACCUAUUUAUAGUUUAUGUUGCGU